AUGCUAGUGGUGAGGACUCAAAAUAUGCAGAAAGGGGAUGCUUGCUUAAACAUUUAUAGAAUAUGAGCUUUUGGAUCAAACUGACAAGUGGAAUUAGCAAAUGAUUUAGUAUGAAAAAUGUCAGAGAGUUGGAAAAAAACAACCAACCUGAGAUGGAACUAGUAGGAUGGUGACGGAAUUAUGCCAAGCCAUGACACUCAACUGUUACUUACAGCCGGUAUCCAUGUUUAAUUAGAUUAAAAAAAUCUGAACCAACUGAAAAUACUACGAAUGGCAGAACAUAUUCAUCCCGAGGCAACUAACUGAGUAAAUAAACUGACCACACAUUCCCACAAUGAAUUAGUUCAGAAUAGAAGGGAAAGUUAAGGAAACAAAUGGACGUCAUAUAAGACCUCAAGGAUACGCUGCAGCGUAAGCUGCGCAUUGGAAGCGUGUGAAAAACCACAACUGUCCGACCGUCGUUGUGGACGAUGUCCAUCGUGCGCCCUACAACUAGGUUAGAGCAGGCACGGUGACUUGUGCGUGAGUCAGUUUAUAGCGGUAGUAGACUUCCAUAGUAUCUGCCGCACUCGCUCAUCCUGCUUACCACAUUGACUCGGUGUCAAGGCAGAGUCAAGAAAAGGUCGGAGGAAAAGGGGGAACCGGCUGAAAAUAACUAAGAGUGCCAAAAACCGUACAGAAAAACAAAGUAUUUCAUCUGUUAGCAGCAUUGGAAGGAGCAAUUGCUUAGGUGUUUAAUAUGGUAGUUACUUUAAGCACGCGCAUGCUGCGGGGAAAGUUAUAUGACCUAUGAGCCGAGGUUCAUACAUUAGUAACUUAUAUAAACAAAUGCUACUUACAGGUUCACAGUAGUAUCAUAACAAUGAUGAGUUUUAGCAAGUGAUAUCAAGACGACAACGGCCGGACGGCAUUGUGAUGCGCACUGCGGUGUAGACCUAGUUUCCUUUUAAAAGGUUAUACGGGUGCAGAAAUAACAAUAUCGCUUUAUGUGUUCAUUUACGUCAAGCUUUGCACAACAUAGUGAACAAUAAUUUCUGUCAGUCUUUUGAUUAGUUCAGAAAAGUAUUUGGGUCGAGUAUCACUGCUAAAGAUGAUUAGUAUUUGCCUCAUAUUUAACUAGUAAUUAUUUUCUCAAGGGAAAAUUGCGAUCACAGGCCUGGAUCAUUUGUGCCCUUCUGCUGCUGCUAUAUACCAAAAGCAACUUUGGCCUACCCCACAAUUUUAUCAAUAUUAUCAUGGAAUAUCACAACCUCGCGAGAAAAUCUGUACAUCCGACUGCGUCAGAUAUGCAGACACUGGUGAGUACAAACAUCUGAGUGGAAACGGAUGGGAUGCAACCCUCCCCCCCUAAAGCAACGAUUCUGAUACUGUUAUUUUCUUUCAGACUUACGACACCAAGUUGGAGGCAUUGGCUCAGGAUUGGGCGAAACUGUGUAAGAUGGUACACCCUAGCAAGGAUAAUUUAAAAUACAAGCCGUACGGACAAAAUCUGGCUGCUAGUGGCAAUCGAGAGGUAAUCGAUAGUCUUCACGUUGCAUUGACUGGAUGGAACGCGGAGAGGGGCUACUAUCUCACUGCGUAUAAUUCUUGUUCAAAAGAGCCCUGUGGACAUUACACCGCGGUAGGCGCAGCCACAUACCAUUGGAUUAGUAGAUUUCAAGGUCUUUGUUGAUUGUUCUUUUGAGCCUAUUCACAGUAUCUUUUAUCUCUACCACGACAGAUGAUUUGGGCAAACACAACCAAAGUAGGCUGUGCAUAG